AUGUCUAAUAUUGCUGCCACGCUGAAGCAGCAAAAGGAGGAGUUCGUCUCGGGCUUGACUGGCGGUUCCGUCAGUGAGAUCAACGCCGUGACCUCUGUAGCAACGGUCGCAAUCGUCUUGUGGUCAAUACUGCAAUCCAGACAGUCCUUCUUCCAGUCCUACGGUGGCUUGGCCUUCGUUGUGGACUACUCCCUGAACGUGGCGGCCAUCCUGUUGUCUGUCACACUCUACUCAAACUCGCCCUUGCUGCUAUGCCUCUUGCUCGCGGCACCGGCCGCUGUGGUGUAUGUGCUUCCGCCCAAUCGCACGUCGUCUAGGCGAAAGCCGCGAGUCCCUCCUCGUGCCGACUCCAAAACCGCCAAACAGCUGGACCCCUUACCGCUGAAGCCGUUUCUCACAACCUACCGAGCGUCGAUGCUCGUCAUUACGUGCAUCGCCAUCCUCGCCGUGGACUUUCGGAUUUUCCCACGUCGAUUUGCCAAGGUAGAGACAUGGGGCACCUCCUUGAUGGACAUGGGCGUCGGCGCCUUUGUCUUCACGGCUGGUCUCGUGGCUGCGCGACCCGUUCUCAAAGAGCGAGCUGCUGGUCGAUCGGUGCCUGUCAUGCGUCGUAUUGUUGGGUCUCUGCGUCACUCUCUGCCUCUGCUCGUGCUGGGCGUCAUCAGGCUCCUCAGUGUCAAAGGAUUGGACUACGCUGAGCAUGUGACCGAGUACGGCGUCCAUUGGAACUUCUUCUUUACGCUCGGACUGCUGCCGCCUUUUGUCGCCGCCGCGCAGGCUGCGUUGGCAUAUGUGCCCUCUUAUGCUGCGCUGGCGCUCGUCACUGUGGGUAUGUAUGAGAUGGCGUUGGAGACAACGGGUCUAAAGGCGUACAUCCUGACAGCACCGAGAGUCGAUCUCAUUUCCCAGAACCGCGAGGGCAUCUUUGGGUUCCUGGGAUACCUGGCGAUCUUCCUCGCCGGUCAGGACCUGGGAAUGUUUGUGAUCCCACGAAAACUCAACCCUCGCAGCAACGCUGCGCCCGGCGCAGAGCGGAACACCUUGCUACUGACUAUGGGAGUCUGGGCGAGCAUUUGGUGUGGUCUAUAUGCUCUUUCUACAAGCUACUCCUACGGGUUCGGUCUCGUGGUCUCGAGAAGACUGGUCAACCUGCCGUACGUGCUAUGGGUUGCUGCCUUCAACUCAGCAUCCGUGUUGGGCUUCUGCAUCGUCGACACCAUCUUCUUCCCAGCAUUCUACAAUGCUUCGGACCCAAAGACUGAGCGCGAAGCUUAUCUCACAGCCACGAGCCGUGUGCUACGCGCAUACAACCGCAACGGUUUGGCGCUCUUUCUUCUCGCAAAUCUCGGCACUGGGUUGGUCAACAUGACAUUUAAUACGUUGGAGGCAACCCGCUUCACCUCCAUGGCUAUCCUCGUGGCGUACUCAUUCGUCCUGACCGUGGUCGCUGUUGCUCUCGAUACGUACGAGAUCUCCAUCAAACUCUGA